CGAUGGUCGGCGAGCUGUUUGCGAUCGAUGGCCAGACGCCGAUGCCGUAUGAGCCAACGCUGGCGGUGCAAGAUGCGAUGCGUGCCGCGGUAUGGCGUGGUGAGAUGGGCAAGAUGCUGCUGCUCGAGCAUAGCCCGGUCUACACCCUUGGCGUCCGAUCACGGAAGACUGAGCUCUCGGAAGAGAUGGUGGCGGCGGCGACGGGUAAGCCGGCGAAUGUGGUCCGCAUCCGCCGUGGUGGCCAGAUCACCUACCAUGGUCCCGGUCAGCUAGUGGGCUACCUGCUGGUCGAUCUCCGCCAGCACGGCGGCUCGGCCAAGUGCUUCAUGCAUGCGCUCGAGCAAGUGGUUAUGGACGCCACCGCCUCGGUGACUGGCAUCGUGGCCGGGCGCAACGCCGAUCAUCCGGGCGUCUGGGUCGGCGGUCGCAAGAUUGCUGCCAUUGGCGUCUCAUUCUCAAAACACGUCUCGAUGCACGGCUUUGCGCUCAACGUCGACAACUCAGACGGCCAGCUUGACAACGCAUUCGGCGCCAUCGUCCCGUGUGGCAUCAACGACCCUGGACUCGCCGUCGCUUCACUCGACGAUCUGGUCGCUGCAGAGCCUGCCGCUACGGCUGCCGUUGCCGCUGCUGGUCGUCCGCUGAAGGACGCGCUGCGGUCUGCGCUGGUACAUGCUGUGGCGGGCGAGUUCAAUCUCGAGCUCAGAGACAGCCUCGGGCCGCUCGCCGAGAGCCAUCGCGGCGACGGCGCCGGUCUUGCCGCCGCCCUCUGCCAUCGGUUUAGUCCACCACCAGCAUAAUGCCCCCGACACUCGGAAGCAACGCUGCCUCAAGUCAUGUCUCUCCGCUCAGCUGCUUGAGAAAGACGG